AUUUCAAGCUGUUGUGGGGUUGUAUUUGUUUUUUUUGUAAAAACCACAGAUAAGUGAGUUGGACCAAUGUGUAGGAGGGAAAUCCUUUUGAUAGCUGCUUGAAAACAAAAUAUUCAUCCAGUAGACGUAUCUCUGGAAGACGCAACUGUUUUUGGAGCAUAUUUAGUAAUUCUGUUUGGAAGGAAUGGGGUGAUAGAGAGUAAAUUACCUUUAAGGGUUGAUAACUAAAGAUAUUUUUUUAUUUGUGGCUUAGAAAGAUUGUUGGUUGCAAGAAAGUGAGUAGAAAAAAAAAAAGUCCUCAAUUUUUUUGACAGUUGCUCUAAAAUUAACGGGCUGCUUAAAGAGUGGAUUUCAAAUUCAAAAAUACUUUAUUACCACCAAAGGCAAAGUAAAUAAUUUAAAUGAUUUAACUUUAAUUUCUAGUGAUGGUUAAAGUUAAAAUAUACAGAAAGCCACCUGAGCCUAAACCCAAAUACCGUUGUCUGAACACGUCAUUUCAAACAGACGUUUCAAAUAAUUCGUCCAAUCACGAUUUAUUGGAGAUUUACCACUUCCUGUGAAAAGCAGAGUUCAGUUUCAUCAGACGCUUCCGGGCCUGGUCUGUGCCAGACCCGCAGAAUCUUUAAACACAAACCCGUCUAAAAUUACAACGAAAACAAAAAAUAGAAUAGUUUAAUUAUAGAGACGGUUUAUCUACAUUUUUAACUUUGAGAGUCUUUCUUUCUUUCUCUGCGCUCAGCUCCUAUUGGAUAAACCAGCAGCCACUUAUAUCCAACCAAUUGAUACUAAUAAAGUCAAGGAUAAGGUGUAUUACUGAAAAAGUAAGUGUAAAUAUACAACAUUCAAAUUUCAGAGGCAUUUUCAAUUCAAAUCCUGAUGGCACAUAUUUACUUCUGUACAAGGAUAUCUGGAUCUGCUAUCAAGGCAUUCACUAAACCAUUAAACAUUUACAAAAAUAUUUAUACCAGUAUAUAAUAAUUAUUUUAAACCAUAAUAAAAAUAGUAUUUAUUUUUAUAAACAAACGGAACCUUGUGAACUAGUCUGCCUUUCUUUAAAAAAAAGACUCAUAUUUUCAAAAAACAAAAGAGUAGAUCGAAUCGCCAGCUUGUCAAACUUAAACAGCAGAUAUAAAAGUUGCUUAAACAAAAUAACAUUGUGGUGACGUCUUCCCUAAAGGUGUAGUUUUGCUUAUUUAGUUUUAAAAUAAAGCUCUUUUGUUUAAAAGGGUUAAGUUUUAAACGGACUAAAUGUGGAAGCCUGCUUUCAGAUUGGACAUCCAGGAGAUCUGUCUAAUUAAAUAAAUCCUAAAUAAAAUAUUAUGUUAAAUAUUCAGAGCAAAGGCAAAAAGGAGGGUUUUAACUACAGACUUUCCAUGUAGAUAAGGAAAAAAUGGAGGAGGAGCUGCACUCAGUCAAAUCGAACAGUAAAACGUUUCUAUGGUCGGUUAAACUGAACAUUCAGCAAAUCAAAUUUAUUCAUCAUCUUCCUCAAACUUUUAACAUUCGUUUUGUUUUUCUCACCAAACUUUAUCAGCGUAGUGGGAUGCUCCUAAAACAGUUUUUGAAGUUUGAAACUGAAGCCAAUAUAGAAGAAACUGUAUGAAAAUAUGUUUUAUUAAAAACUUGACAAUUGCAGUAAGUGUAAUCUCCUGUCUCAUCACAGCGAAACCUAAAAUCCUGAAGGCUGAGACAAAAGUUCCCCAUGGGUAGUGACAGUAUUUUUUAUUUUAUUUCACGGAAUAACCGGCUAUGUUUACAUUUCCUUCAAUUUCUAAACGGUUUGUUUCUCAAGACAGACUGCAGUGAGUAAGAGGAGAAGAUGAAGAGAAGAUCUUCGCUACGGUCCGACUCUGGACAGGAAGAGCGACGCUUAGACACAGAACACAAUCUGAGAAAAAGAAAGAGCAUCAACUAUCACGAUGACGAGGAAGAUUGUUAUUAUUAUUACGAGGAAGACGACUGCAGCCAGUCACUGACACACGAAGAUCGAGAACUGUGGCCUGUAAGCUGUGGGGACAAAAUGGGGAUAAUGGAUGUCCAAAAGCUGGCGAAAAGUGAGGAGUGUAUCGAGUGUGAGCGCCGCAUGUUCACCCCGCCUGCCUUUGAGGAGUUUGCAGGAAGAGGCUCAGCUAAAAAAUGGAAACACAGCAUAUACUCUGAUGGAAAACCUCUGCAACAUUGGUUUGAUAAAGGCCUUCUGGACACUGAGGGAUACAAAAAAGGGGCAAAGACGUAUAAAAAGAAAGGUAAAACAUUUCAGAACAAUGGAGAUAAACCAGCUCAUCAUUUAAGCCGACGCGACGCUCCAGGAGCAGGAGAGUCAGGAACAGAAGCUACAGACGACUCUGAGAACGACAACUGGAUCCAUUCAGGCUCUGGACGCUGGUUAUCGAGGCCCGAGGAAGAGAAAGAGAGAAACGACUCCGACCAUCCGGAGGAAAACCAAGAUGAAACGGAAGACGACGGGGAUGAUAACGAUAAAAACCUCUGUGCUCCUAACGAACCUGAUCCGAGGUUGAUCAUCUCGACACCUGAAAAGCUCGCGUUGCAGAUGAACUCGGUUGUUCUUCUCCAAAGAAUGUCAAUGGCGAGGAGUCGCUGUCAGACCGCCGCUGUGGUGCAUCAACUCAAAGGAGCCGGAGAUUCGGAGAUGAAUUCCUGCGAAAAGACAAAAAGCAGUGAGAGAGAAAAGCUCGUGCGACCGGUGGAAAGUGAAACGGCAGACGUGGCCACAAACACUUCUCCCCAACAAGAACCGGUCGAGGAGAAAAUCCACAAAUUCCUGGGGCUUUCUGCUGAAACUUUGACUACGCCCGGUCCGAGCGCCUGUGACAAUCGCACAGCUGUGAGCUGCUUGGACCAAUUCGAAUCGCAGACGAUGUCAGAGACGAGAAGCGUCUGCGAUUCGGACAGCACUCGCAUCUCGGACCAGGUGGAGACGUCAACGUCGGGGGUCCUGACCGGUUCCGAUGCGGACACGAUGGAUCUGGGUCAGCUGCAGAGAGAGACUCUAAAAACGCAGCUGGAGGCUGCAAGAGUACAGAAGGAAUAUUACACUUUGAAAUUACGUCUUCUACAGGUUCAGGUGAAAGCUGGUCGAUUCAGUUCAUCGAUGUAGGUUGUGAUGCAACUUUAACAAACUCUGGCAGGGAUGAAGCAUUUCCUGUUGCAAGAAAAAAAAAAAAAAAAAAGAGUUGAGAAUUUUAUCAUCACUGUGCCAAGAGAAGAUUUAGAUCAUCUGUGGAAUUAAACUAGGAUCCCAGGGAUUAAAAUAACGUGAUUGGACAUUAAUUUUGAACGGAGACUGUUUGUUUUUAUAUGUAUCUGUAAAUAGAGAUGUAUAUAGAGAGGCUAUAUUUUAAGAUAUAACAGAUGUUACCUAUAACAGAAGUUAUAGGUAACAUGACCUUUUUCUUCCUGUUACAUUUAACAUAAUUAUGUUACAAGAUGGUUUUCUGACAAUGUUGCUUAAAGUUUUUAUUUGUUUUGUUUCAAGGUGGAAAUAAAAACUGUGGAUUGCUUAAAA